GACCAGAACCAGCCAGGAACUCACAUCCACAUCCACUUUUACAACCAGAGACUGAAGACCAGACUGGAGACUCUUCUGAACCUGAGACUGAUGACAGUGCUGAUUGGAAGGAGACCAGAGAGCCUCAGUCAGCUUUAAACUCUCUGAAACAUGAUUCAAGAUGUAAGAAAACCUUCAGCUGCUCUGAGUGUGGGAAAAUAUUUGGCUUCAAGUCAGAUUUUAAGAGACACAUGAGAACCCACACAGGAGAGAAGCCUUUCAGCUGCUCUGAGUGUGGUAAAGCUUUCACUGAUAGUGGAAACCAGAAGAAACACAUGAGAACUCACACAGGAGAAAAACCUUUUAGCUGCUCAGUCUGUAAGAAAUCUUUUACACGGAUAGAUGGUUUACGGUCACACAUGGCUGUAGUCCACACAGGAGAGAAAAGAUUCAGCUGCAGUGUUUGUAACAAAAGAUGUGCCCAGAGUUCUUGUGUCAAAACGCAUAAAUGUGUUGAUCAGAUGGAAACAGAAGCUGAUGGAGAGGACUGUGGAGGACCAGAACCAGCCAGGAACUCACAUCCACAUCCACAUUUACAACCAGAGACUGAAGACCAGACUGGAGACUCUUCUGAACCUGAGACUGGUGACAGUGCUGAUUGGAAGGAGACCAGAGAACCUCAGUCAGCUUUAAACUCUCUGAAACAUGAUUCAAGAUGCAAGAAAACUUUCAGCUGCUCCGAGUGUGGGAGAAGAUUUAACAGUGAGUCACAUCUGAAGAGACACGUGAGAACUCACACAGGAGAAAAACCUUUUAGCUGCUCUGAGUGUGAGAGGAAAUAG